AUGGCGGAUCUGGCGCAUGCUCUCAUCCGCACGGUGGUGCGCGCCUUCUACAUGACGGAGCACAUCAUCGCCAUUGAUGCGCUCAUCAUCCAUUCCACCCUCGUCGACAGCGAUCUAGCGACGCUCCUGGGCACCCAAACCAAGGCACUCCACAAAACCAUAGGAAGGUUAAAGGAAGAUGGCUUGGUGACGGUGCACACGCGUGGCGAACGGCGUCUUGACGGUACUCAGGCCUUUUUCGGCGGAAACAUGGCGGCGGGCAAGGAGCGAUUACAGACGAGACAAUGGUAUUAUCUCAACUUCCACCGCGCGAUUGACAGCAUCAAAUACCGCAUGUAUCGCCUGAGCAAGCACAUUGAGGGUCUGGGAAUGCCGACGACAGAGAGGAAGGAUCUGAACUGUCCACGGUGUAAAUCACAGUACACCGAAUUGGAGGCGUUGGAUAAUCUGGAUCCCAGUACGGGCGAAUUCCUCUGUCACAAGUGUGGAAUGGUGUUGCAGGAGGUGCCCGAGGAUGAAAGAGCGAGUGAGAAUCAAAGUCUGAAGCGAUUGAACAAUCAGCUGGAGAAAUUGCUCAAGUUGAUGCAGCAGAUUGAUGCGACGGAUGUGCCCGAAAAUGACUUUGAAAUGGCCUUGAGCAAGCAGAAACCCAUUGCCAAGUCGGAUACGCAUCCUGGUUCGAGGACGGAAGUGGUAGAUCUUCCCAACAAGAAUGUGGCGAGUACAAAGGGAAUCGUCAUGCAGCCCGAUCGAAUUGGCGUCGAUUUGCUGGAUGAUGAAGACGUCAAGCGUACCAAUGCCGCUGCAGAGGCGCAGAGGAGGAAGGAUCUCGAAGCCAAGCAGAAUGCCCUCCCCGAUUGGAUUGUCAAGAGUACCGUCACGGGAGACAUCACCACCGUCGGCGCAAAGGAGAAGCAACUGGAGCGGGCGAGAGAUGCCCAUGCCGCCGUCAUCAAAGAGGAUGAAGGCGAGGAGAAGAAGCCAGCAGCGGCUUCCGAUGAUGCCGUCAUGGCUGCAUACUGGGCGGAAUUAGCAGCCGCCAAAGAGAAGGAGGCACAAGCAGAGCGGGAAGAUGAAGACGACGACGACGACGAAGAGGACGAAUUUGAGGAUGUCGACGUCAGCGGUGGAACUCCCUCGAAUGGAAAUAAUGUCAAGCACAGCAAUGGCGCCUCCACGUCGGGAAUGAAUACCCCCGUCAAUGUCGAAAGUAGCAAUGCCACCGACGACGAGCGGGAUGCUAAGAGAGUCAAACGGGAAGAGGCUCCCAAACCUGCGGAAGACACUCCUGCGGCUAGUGACGCAGACGAGGAUGAACUGGACUUUGAAGACGUGUAA